ACUUUCAUUGGCGUUAUUUAUUUGUCUUUUACUCUAUUCCAUGCUCACUAGUAAUUAAAGUUGUGAAGAACUAUUCUCUCUAUACUUUUCCUCUCAUCAACGAGAGAGGAAAAGUAUAGAAGCAGGCGAAGCAGCAGUCAUGGAGAUUUCAUGGGCUUUUCUCCGAGUUCGGAUCCGAUAGCCAAGUCAAGAAGUUGCCGGCCAGGUCGAUGCAUGCCUUCCGCAGCAGCUGCCUUUUGAUUUUUACUUUCUCCCAUAAAAUGAGGUCCUGCGUUUUCUCAUUUCUUUUGAUGCUGACUUAUUUCUCCGCGUCAGCCCAUGCAGCCAGAUUUGAUAUCACAAACAGGUGCACCUACACUGUCUGGGCAGCUGCCGUGCCCGGUGGUGGAAGGAAGCUAAACUCAGGCGAAUCAUGGCCCCUUGACGUGAGCGCAGGCACGAAAGGGGCUCGCAUAUGGGCUCGUACAGGUUGUAAUUUCGAUGGGGCUGGACGCGGCAGAUGCCAGACUGGCGACUGCGGCGGCAUUCUCCAAUGCCAGGGCUUUGGGCAGCCGCCCAACACGUUGGCCGAGUACGCACUGAACCAAUUCCAGAACUUAGAUUUCUUCGAUAUCUCACUGGUGGAGGGGUUCAAUGUCCCCAUGGUCUUCAGUCCCACAUCAAAUUGCGACCGAGGGAUCACGUGUAAGGCAAAUAUAAACGGUGAAUGCCCAGAUGUGUUGAGGGCCCCUGGAGGCUGCAACAAUCCAUGCACUGUCUUUGAAACCGAUGAGUAUUGUUGUAACUCCGGUACCUGUGAACCCACAGAUUAUUCGAGGUUCUUUAAGCAGAGAUGCCCUGAUGCUUAUAGUUACUCUAAGGAUGAUCAAACCAGCACAUUUACGUGCCCUGGUGGGACUGACUACCAGGUUGUCUUCUGCCCAGGAACACAGGCCUAUCGUGGGCUCAAGGCCACAAUCAAUAUCACAAACAAGUGCUCCUUCGUUGUCUGGGCAGCCGCAGUGCCCGGUGGCGGCCAAAAACUAAACCCGGGCCAAUCGUGGGCCCUUGGCGUAAAAUCGGACACAGAAGGGCGCAUCUGGGCCCGGACUGGAUGCGAAUUUAACUCGGAAGGGCAAGGUAGGUGUGACAGCGGCGACUGUAGUGGUGUCCUUGAAUGCCGAGGCCACGGCCGGGCCCCACACACCCUUGCUGAAUACGCGCUUAAAAAGAACAGCUACUUAGAUAUGGCCAAAACCUCACUUGUCGAGGGCUUCAACGUCCCAGUGGAAUUUAGUUCCGCAUCAGCUGCGUCUUGCGACCCGGGGAUCAAGUGCACUGCGGACAUCAACGGACUGUGUCCGAUGGAGUUGAGAGACCCCGGAGGGUGUAAUAAUCCUUGUACUGUGUUUAACAAUGAUCAGUUCUGUUGCAAAUCUGACAAGUGUACGGCAACAAGCUAUUCUAAGUUUUUUAAGGAUCUCUGCCCUGAUGUUUAUACAUAUCCUCUAGACCAUGAUUCAAGAAGCACAUUUAGUUGCCUUAAUGGGACAGACUACAAUGUUGUAUUCUGCCCAUAGAAAAUUUUCUACAACAUCCAUAUAUAUGCAAACUAUCCAAAAGGGUUUGAGAUCA